UAUCUCUUUGGAAAGCUCUUUUUCUUCCCCUUUCCAUACCAACUGCUAUCCGAGAAUCCAAGCGCAAGUUUUUUUUUUCAUAUUUGAUUAACUAUCAAAACCAAACCUUUAAUGUUAUUACGUCAAUUAACUUGACCAAUCAAGUGUCUUUCCUAAAAUAGGCUCAAUUGAAAAAGAUCAUCAUUGGAAGAGGCCCAUGUAUGCGGAGGUGCAUGUGUUCUCUUAGAUCAUAGUCUCUUGGUACCGGUUAACCUGAAUUACUGAAACGAUGCGUUCAGAGUAAUGUGACAUUUGGUGCUAAUAAAAGACACAAAAGUUAAACAAUACCCCGAAAUAUAUACAAACUCGGCACUGGAAGGGAAAUACCAUAAAUGUGCAUAAUUUUAUGUAUAUGCUGCUGUCAGGGGUAUGUUUUUCAAGCAGUAUAACUGUGGAAUAGUGUAUAAAAAUCAAAAUUUUGGUCAACAAUGGGGGAUCGUAAUCAUGGCAUAGAACGUAAUGUCUUAGUAAGUUGAUAUCUGGUAGCCGGGAAGACUGUUUUCUUUUUCCUGCUGAUUACUAUUCAAACUUUAGUUCGCAUCAAUAAUUCAACAAACCAAUUCGCGCUAACACUGAUGACAAAUAAUUUAAGAGCAGCCUAUUUUUUGACACUCCAAAUGAUAAAACUUUUAUUAGAAAUCGAUAAUAAGUGACAGCUACUGACGAAAAAAUUUAAGCCAAGGAAUAUUUCAUUUUAAACGGGAUUGCUUUAGUCAAGAUUAAUCUCUGCUUUAAACGCCCACUAAGUCCGCCUGUUUUCCACAGCUGUUAGUCUCUAGGUGAGUGACGAUUUUAAUUUCACACUACCUGUUACGACAAAUCCAUGUUUAUGAUGAGAUACAAUGCGCUUGAAAGUUUGAUACCUUAGCUUCUUCUAGAAGACGGAAUUGUCGAUCGACAUAUUUUUGUCGGGAUUCUCAGCAAAGGCUUAAGUAUUAAUUCGGCUUUAAUUUUUUUACUUGCGCACCUUAACUUAAGAAUAAUUAAAGUUCUUUUAAUCCCUGCGAUGCAUAUUCAGUAAACACAGAACUGUGAAUGGAUCGACACAUGCGCAAAUCAACUUUGUUCAACGAGAGGUGCCAGAGGUACGGGCAAAUUGGCGACCGAAUGAAAGGACAUCACAGAUUUAGAUAAACCUUAAAAUGCGAGGGCGUUGAACUCUGACGAAGUAAAUCCGGCGGCCUGAUAACGCGUGGUCUAAUUUGGACAGAUCUGCGGGCCGAUAUUUCUUGGAAUGUGUCUGGCGAAGGAGCGCGAAAACACUGAAAACAUCUGCGAACGGUCCUGCUUGGAAGACGUGAAUCAAUUUCGAGAGCGAGUCUUGAGCGACGCAAUUCAAACGACGAAAUAAUUACUCAACGGCCACAGACGAUAUUUAGCGAGAUGCCAAGUGCUACAGGCAUUCGGAAAGCACAGUCCUUGGACUCCAUCCCGCGUUUUCUGAGCACAGGAAUGCCAGCUCGGACAAACCUGGGCGCCAUGGUAGAUAAAGGUGACUCGCCAAUGAUGGACCACCUUAUUCCGUGUCCAAGCCCCCAAAUGGAAAGACCUCCCUCAUCCACUGGGGGACUGAGUUCUAUAACUCACUCCAAAGAAGUUUUGACUUCUUCACUGCGUAAAUUGACCAAUCAGUUAUCGGAAAUAAAGAGAAACUUUGGUCAAGAGAAUCACCACUGCAAUCAUCGGCACGGACGAAUAGCUGAAGACAGGGACAGUUGGAAAAACAGAACCGAGUUUAUCUUGAUGCUGAUUGGUUACACGGUCGGCCUUGGAAAUGUGUGGAAGUUCCCUUCAUUAUGUCAUAAGAAUGGUGGAGCGUCCUUUCUCAUUCCUUACGGAAUCAUGCUGGCACUAGAAGGUAUACCAUUAUAUUACAUGGAACUGUGCAUUGGACAACGCAUGCGGAAAGGCUCAAUAGGAGUAUGGAACGAAAUUUCUCCCUACCUUGGUGGGCUAGGACUAGCCUCUGUGGUAGUUUGUUUCUUAGUGUCUCUCUACUACAAUGUUAUCAUUGCGUGGUGCGUGUUCUAUUUUUUCAAGUCUUUUCAAAAUCCUCUUCCUUGGUCCACUUGUCCACUCGAACCCGUGACUCUCGGUAACGUUACGACGUUUGAGCCUGUACACGAGUGCAAAGUGACGUCAGCUACGACUUAUUUCUGGUACCGAACAACUCUGGGAAUGUCUUCUAGUAUUGAGGACGGUGGCGGUAUGAACUGGAAGCUCUGCGCAUGCUUAGUUGGGAUAUGGACCCUGAUAUGGCUAUGUAUGAUGAAGGGAAUACGGAUUACAGGAAAGAUCGUAUACAUAACUGCCACCUUACCACUCAUUUUGCUCAUUAUAUUCUUCUUUCGCGGUGUUCAUCUCAAGGGAUACCAAGAAGGUCUGGCCUUGCUUUUUAUACCUGAGUUUGAACGGCUCAAGGAUCCACUAGUAUGGUUGGAUGCCGCUGUACAGAUUUUUUACUCACUCGGCGUCGCCUAUGGAUCGCUGAUCGCGUUUUCCAGCUAUAACCCGAUUAAGAACGAUUCGACAAAGGACGCCAUUACAGUUUGCCUUAUCAACUGCGCAACCUCAAUAUACGCCAGUGUUGUGGUGUUUUCCUUCAUCGGUUUUCAGGCGGAAGACAAAAUGGAGCGUUGCCUAGAGAAACAAAAUAGUCAAGCUUUACGCCUGUUGAAUAACACAGGAAUAAGCAGCAUACCAGUGCCCACUCUGGACGGCUUGGACAACGAACUUUACAACGAGUUCCUUCACAACGCGUCCAUACUGUACAAUGAGACACUUGUCACCUGUAACAAGACCGAGUUUUUAACGAUCCCAUCUGGCCAAGGACUCGCCUUCAUAAUCUUCACAGAUGCGAUCAACAAGAUGCCAUUCGCGCCCAUAUGGGCUGUCAUGUUCUUCCUUAUGCUCAUUACUGUUGGCAUUGACACCGAGUUUGGAAUGUUGGAGGGUGUUGUUACCCCAGUCAUUGAUUUAAAACUUCUCCCCAAACUCAAGAAGGAGUAUCUUUCAGGUAUAGAAUAGAACAUUUAAGUGUUGUUCGCAUAAAGCGAGGUAUUUUACUGAAAUUUUGUCCAGUUUUAGAGAAAUUAUUAAAGUAGCCGUUAGUUUGUCAUCUU